GGAGCCGCGGGGUCUCUUAAAGAGGCCGCGCAGCAGCAUCAGGAAAUAAUGUGAUUUGAGCCUUUAGCUCCGGAAAGGAGCUUUGCUGCCGGAAUGCCGUCCGGCUUCUGCCGGCCCCGGAGCUCAGCCCUGUGCCCGGCACCGUGCCCGGGGUGUGAUAAGCCCCGAAGCAGAAGGAAGUGAGAGCCCAGCCGCCGCCCCCAGCUCGGGGCUGCCCCCCCUGCUCUCACCCGCAGCCGGAGCCGAGGUGGGCCCGCGACCCCCGCGAUGGCGGUGGGCACCCAGCUGGGGCUGCUGCUCUGGAAGAACUUCACCUACCGCCGGCGGCAGCGGAUCCAGCUGGCUAUCGAGAUCCUGUGGCCCCUCUUCCUCUUCCUUAUCUUGAUCUCAGUGCGGCGAUCCCACCCUCCCUUCAAGCAACAUGAGUGCCACUUUCCCAACAAGGCGCUGCCCUCUGCGGGGACCCUGCCCUGGCUGCAGGGCAUCAUCUGCAACAUGAACAACCCCUGCUUCCGGCACCCCGCGGCAGGAGAAGCCCCUGGCGUGGUGGGAAACUUCGAUGGCUCCAUCGUCUCCCGUCUCCUGACCGAAGCCCGGCGGGUUCUGCUCCGCGGGCACGGGCAGCGGCUCCUGCGCAGCUUCGCCCGGCUCCUGCCCGCCCUGCGCCGGCUCCGGGACAGCGGGAACCAGCGGAGCGCUCUGCCGGUGAGGGAAUACUUGAGAGAGGAUGAGACUUUCUCCCGGUUCCUGCGGACCAACACAUCUCUGCCCCCGGCGCUGGUGGAUGAGCUGAUGGGGGCUCGGCUCAGCCCCCGCAUCUUCUCCUUGGAGAGCAUUCGCCUCCCGCUGAAGGCCCUGGUCUGCAACGCCUCGGUCCUGGGGGGCUUCCUGGUGGGCGGCGACGCCGACUCCACACAGAGCCUGCAGCAAGGACUCUGCGCGCUGCCCAGCUCCCAGCUCCGUGCCGUGGAGGGCUCCUUCCUCUCCCAGAUGGACUUCCCACGACUGCUGGCGGAACAGCUGAGCUCAGAGUUGAGCGGAAUCGCUGGCACCGUGGAAGCUUUGGGCAGCUUCCUGCGGGAUGCAGCAUCCCUGAUGGAGGAGGUCUCCUCCAUGACCAGCCUGGCCGAGCUGCGUCAGGAGAUUGAGGGGCUGAGGGUGCCCAACACCAGCACGGGAGCCUUCACAGCCCUGUCACACAUUGCCUGUGGGCACCCCGAGGGCGGGGGGCUCAGGAUCCCCUCCCUCAACUGGUACGAGGACAACGAUGUCAAAGCCUUCCUGGACCGUAACAGCUCGGAGCACAGACCUGUGGCCUCAGGCAGCACCAGUCCCUUCUGCCGGGAGCUGCUCCGCAGCCUGGAGUCCAGCCCCCUCUCACAGAUCUUCUGGCGGGGGAUCAAGCCCCUCUUUGUGGGAAAGAUUCUGUACACCCCACCUGGGCCUGGCCCCGACAGUGUCAUGGCUGAGGUGAAUCGGACCUUCCGGGAGCUGGCGGUGCUGGGGGAGUUGGGGGGUGCCUGGCAGGAGCUGGGACCCCGAAUUUACACCCUCCUCAACAGCAGCCUGGAGAUGCAGGUGCUCCAGGACCUGCUGCUGGCCCCGAGCACAGCCCAGCUCCUGGAUGGGUUCCUCAACGGCACCUCCUGGAAGCUGCCAGAGCUGGUCACAUUCCUGACAGGGCCAGCCGGGGGACCAGGCCUCACCUGGCACCAGGUGUACGUUGAUGUGGACACAGUCCUGAGCAUGCUGUCACAGUUCAUGGAGUGUGUCUGCCUGGACAAGAUCGAGGCAGUGGCCACCGAGGAGCAGCUGGUAGCCCGAGCCCUGGAGCUGCUGGAGGAGCAGCAGUUUUGGGCAGCAGUGGUCUUCCAGCCCCCCAUCAAUGCCACAGCCCCCGGACUGCCACCCCACGUCCGCUACAAGAUCCGCAUGGACAUUGAUGACGUCACGAGGACCAACAAGAUCAAGGACAGGUUUUGGGACCCAGGCCCUGCAGCUGACCCCUUCAGUGACCUGCGCUACGUCUGGGGGGGCUUCGUGUACAUUCAGGACCUGGUGGAGCAGGCGGUGGUGCGGGUGCAGACUGGGGCUGCCCCACGGACAGGGGUCUACGUCCAGCAGAUGCCCUACCCCUGCUAUGUGGAUGAUGUGUUCUUGAGGGUCCUGAACCGCUCACUGCCUCUCUUCAUGACUCUGGCCUGGAUCUACUCAGUGGCCAUGAUCAUCAAGGGGGUGGUGCACGAGAAGGAGACGCGUCUCAAGGAGACCAUGAAGACCAUGGGGCUGAGCAGCGGGAUCCUCUGGCUCAGCUGGUUCCUCAGCAGCUUCAUCCCCUUCCUCCUCAGCUCUGCCCUCCUUGUCCUCAUCCUCAAGCUGGGAAACAUCCUGCCCUACAGUGACCCAGCAGUCAUCUUCCUCUUCCUCGGCACCUUCUCAGUAGCCACCAUCAGCCAGUGCUUCCUCAUCAGCACCUUCUUCCCCCGUGCCAACCUGGCCUCGGCGUGCGGUGGCAUCAUUUACUUCUCACUCUACCUGCCCUACGUGCUGUGCGUCGCCUGGCGCGACUACAUCACCUUCCCAAUCCGUGUCCUGGUGAGCCUGCUGUCCCCCGUGGCCUUCGGCUUCGGCUGUGAUUACUUCUCCCUCUACGAGGAGCAGGGCGUGGGCAUCCAGUGGCACAACCUGGCUGCCAGCCCCGUGCCAGGAGACCCGUACAGCUUCGCUGCAGCCAUGGGGCUGCUGCUGCUGGACGCUGUCCUCUACGGCCUGGCCACCUGGUACCUCGAGGGUGUCUUCCCAGGUCAGUACGGGAUCCCCAAGCCCUGGAAUUUCCCCUUCCUGAAGAGCUACUGGUUUGGAGAGUCAUCCUCAUCUGGGCACUCCCUGUACCACACCAGCCCCCACACUGCACCCCAAGUGCUGGUGGAGGAGCCGCCUGCCGAUCUCCAGCCCGGCGUCUCCAUCCGCAACCUGGUGAAGGUCUAUGGCAGCAGCGGCCGUGCGGCCGUCAACGGGCUGAGCCUGGACUUCUACGAGGGGCAGAUCACCUCCUUCCUGGGCCACAACGGCGCUGGGAAGACCACCACCAUGUCCAUCCUGACUGGCCUUCUGCCCCCCACCUCGGGCACUGCCUAUGUUCUGGGCUGGGACAUCUGCUCCGAUAUCGACAGCAUCCGCAAAUCCAUGGGCAUGUGUCCCCAGCACAACGUGCUCUUCGACAUCCUGACGGUGGAGGAGCACGUCUGGUUCUACGGGCGGCUGAAGGGGCUCUCGGAGAGGCAGGUGCAGGAGGAGAUGGAGCAGCUGCUCCAGGACACGGGGCUGCCCCACAAGCGCCGGGAGCAGACCAGGAACCUCUCGGGCGGGAUGCAGCGGAAGCUCUCGGUGGCCAUCGCCUUCGUGGGCGGCUCCCGGGUGGUCAUCCUGGAUGAGCCCACGGCCGGCGUCGACCCCUUCUCCCGCCGCAGCAUCUGGGAGCUGCUGCUCAAAUACCGCAAAGGCCGCACCAUCAUCCUGUCCACCCACUACAUGGACGAGGCAGAGCUCCUGGGGGACCGCACCGCCAUCAUCUCACAGGGCCGGCUCUGCUGCUGUGGGUCCCCCCUCUUCCUCAAGGCCAGGCUUGGCACCGGGUACCACCUCACCCUGGUGAAGCGGGACAGGAGCGGGACAGGCGGCAACACCGGCACUGUCCCCGGUGUCACCAAAAAGGAUGGCAGUGACUCGGAGCACAGCAGUGACACGGGCCUGGGCAGCGAGCGGGGCAGUGAUGCCAGUGCCGUGGAUGUGGCCCAGCUGUCAGCGCUGAUCCAGAAGCUGGUCCCUGGCUCCCGGCUGGUGGAGGACAUCGGGCACGAGGUGCUCUUUGUCCUGCCCUACAGUGGGGCCAGGGACGGGGCCUUCGGGGAGCUGUUCCGUGAGCUGGACGCACGCCUGGGGGAACUGGGGGUCUCCAGCUACGGCAUCUCUGACACCACCCUGGAAGAGAUCUUCCUGAAGGUGGCCGAGGACACAGCGCUGGACACUGACACCACGGGCACCAUGAAAGGAGCAGCUCCUGGCGAGAUGGGGGAUGGGGAUGUGGCCGAUGGAGAGAUGGCGGAGGAGCCCCGGGAGACGGAUCUGCUGCGGGGGGCGGCGGGGCAGGCGUGCGGGAGGGUGCGGGGCUGGGCGCUCACCUGCCGCCAGCUCCGCGCUCUCUUCACCAAGAGGAUGCUCCACGCUCGGCGCAGCACCCGCGGAUUCUUCGCGCAGAUCGUCCUCCCCGCCGUCUUCGUCUGCGUCGCGCUGCUCUUCAGCCUGAUCGUGCCGCCCUUCGGGAAGUACCCGCCGCUGCAGCUGCAGCCCUGGAUGUACGGGCAGCAGUUCACCUUUUUCAGCAACGACGCCCCGGGAGACCCCGACACAGUCCGGCUGCUGGAGGCGUUCCUGGCUGAGCCCGGCUUCGGCACCAAGUGCAUGAAGGAAGAGGGGAAGGCGGCAGGGCUGUGCCCACCGGCUUCCCACCCCGAUGGCUUCUCCACCCCCUCGGCCCCCCCAUCCCUGCUGGAAGUGCUGCAGCGUGGGAACUGGACACGGGCCAAGCCGUCCCCCCCGUGCCAGUGCAGCGGGCCAGGGGCACACAGGAUGCUGCCUGAGUGUCCUGAGGGGGCCGGGGGGCUCCCACCACCCCAGGUGCAGAGGGGCACAGGGGACGUCCUUCAGAACCUGACGGGCAGGAACAUCUCUGACUACCUGGUGAAGACCUAUCCCCAGAUCAUCCGUCAGGAGCUGAGGAACAAGAAGUGGGUGAAUGAGCAGAGGUACGGCGGCUUCUCCCUGGGUGCUGGCAGCUCCCAGGCCCUGCCAUCAGCAGCAGAGGUGGAUCAGGCGGUGCUGGAGCUCCGGGUGCUGCUCAACAUCACCCUGGGCAGCCCCUCGGAUCGGCUCCUGGCCAACCUCAGCCGCUUCAUCGAGGGUUUGGAUGCCCGCAGGAAUAUCAAGGUUUGGUUCAACAACAAGGGCUGGCACGCCAUGGUCUCCUUCCUCAACGUGGCCAGCAAUGGGCUGCUGCGAGCCCGGCUGCCCCCCGGCACCGACCCCGCGCGCUUCGGCAUCACGGCCACCAACCACCCCCUGAACCUCACCAAGGAGCAGCUCUCCGAGGCCGCCCUGAUGGCCACCUCUGUGGACGUGCUGGUCUCCAUCUGCGUGAUCUUCGCCAUGUCCUUCGUCCCGGCCAGCUUCGUCGUCUUCCUCAUCGAGGAGCGGGUCAGCAAGGCCAAGCACCUUCAGUUUGUCAGCGGGAUGAAGCCCAUCACCUACUGGCUAGGCAACUUCGCCUGGGACAUGUGCAACUACCUGGUCCCCGCGCUGCUGGUCAUCCUCAUCUUCCUCUGCUUCCAGCAGGAAUCCUACGUGUCCUCGGCCAACCUGCCCUCCCUGGUGCUGCUGCUGCUGCUCUACGGGUGGUCCAUCACCCCCCUGAUGUAUCCAGCCUCCUUCCUCUUCAGCAUCCCCAGCACUGCCUACGUGGCCCUGACCUGCAUCAACCUCUUCAUCGGCAUCAAUGGCAGCGUGGCCACCUUUGUGCUGGAGCUCUUUGUGGACCAGAACCUCAAUGACAUCAACCGUGUCCUGAAGAAGGUUUUCCUCAUCUUCCCCCACUUCUGCUUGGGCCGAGGCCUCAUUGACAUGGUGAAGAACCAGGCAAUGGCUGAUGCCUUUGAGAGGUUUGGGGACAAGCGCUUCGUGUCCCCCCUCUCCUGGGACCUAGCGGGGAAGAACAUGUUUGCCAUGGCCAUCGAGGGCAUCGUCUUCUUCCUCUUCACCCUCCUGCUGCAGUACCACCGCUUCUUCCUGCGCCUGGGCCCACGGGCUCUGGAACUGCCCUCGCUGGGAGAUGAGGACCAGGACGUGGCCAGGGAGCGGGCGAGGGUGGGCAGCAUCCCCCCACACGGCCACCUCCUGCUUCUGAAGGACCUGACCAAGGUGUACCGGCGCAGGAAGGCUCCGGCCGUGGACCGGCUCUGCGUGGCCAUCCCCCCCGGGGAGUGCUUUGGCCUCCUGGGGGUGAAUGGUGCUGGGAAAACCUCAACCUUCAAGAUGCUGACAGGGGACACAGAGGUGACGCUGGGAGAGGCCUGGUUGAAGGGGCACAGUGUGCUCACCGACCUCCAGUCUGUCCACCAGCACAUGGGUUACUGUCCCCAGUUUGACGCCAUCACGGACCUGCUGACGGGGCGGGAGCACCUGGAGUUCUACAGCCGCCUGCGUGGGAUCCCGGAGGAGGAGACCCCCAGGGUGGCUCAGUGGGGCAUCACCGCUCUGGGGCUGGGCCCGCACGCCGACCGGCCGGCGGGCAAGUACAGCGGGGGCAACAAACGCAAGCUCUCCACGGCCAUCGCCCUCCUCGGCUGCCCCCCUGUUGUUUUCCUGGAUGAGCCCACAACGGGGAUGGACCCACAAGCCCGGAGGUUCCUGUGGGAGCGCAUCCUUGGCGUUAUCCGGGACGGCCGGUCCGUGGUGCUCACGUCCCACAGCAUGGAGGAGUGCGAGGCGCUCUGCACCAGGAUGGCCAUCAUGGUCAACGGCCGGUUCCGCUGCCUGGGCAGCGUCCAGCACCUCAAGAACAGGUUUGGGGACGGGUACACGGUGGUGGUGCGGGCGGGGGGCCCUGGCCCAGCAGCGGUGCAGGCCCUGCUGCAGCAGCACUUCCCCGGCAUCGUGCUGAGGGAGCAGCAUGGGGGGCUGCUGCAGUACCACCUGCCUGCCCGUGUCACCUCCCUGGCCACCGUCUUCAGCCUUCUGGCCGCCCACCGUGGCCCCUGCCACAUAGAGGACUACUCCGUGUCCCAGACCACGCUGGACCAGGUCUUCAUGCACUUUGCCCAGGAGCAGAGCGAUGGGGACGCCGGGGAGGUCACAGCCCCAGGGCAGGAUGCGGCCCCCGGCCCGGGGAGGAGGCUGAGCAGAUUCCUGGAGGACGACAGCUACCAGGAGAGCGCUGUCUGAGUGGGCCGUGGUGUCCCAUGGACCCCCACAGCCCCCUCCUUGGUUGUCACCACAGCACGAGCCAGGGUCACAGGGCUUUGGGAACUGCAGCCCCCCAGAGCUGCAGAGAAGAGGCGUGGGCGCAUCCUGCCCGCUGGCACGGUGUCACCAUCGCAUGGGACAGUGGCUGCUGGGGAGGGCUCAGAGUGCCAGGACAGAGCUGGCCCCGGCUCCCUGCGGUGGGGUUGAUGCCCUGUGCGGGGCUGAGCUGGAUGGGGGGGUCUGGGGCUGGCCUUGGGACCCCGCUGCUCCCCACCGGCGCCGAGCUUGCUGUAACAGAGCAAUUCAAUA